GUUUGUUGCCCGGGUUCCGGAGGUUAUGGCUUCCUCAGUGGAUGAGCUAGACCCUAGGCGGUGGUUGCUCUGGGAAGCAUUCCAUGUGCAGUUCCCGCGGGCCCGGUUCCCGGGCAAGAGAAUGUUGCACCUGGUGAUCGUCUUGUGGCUGGCCACCAGGGCGGCGCUCUUCAACAUGGACGCCACCCGGCCGCUGGUGCUCACCGGCAACAAGAAGUCCCAGUUUGGGUUUAGUGUCGCCAUCUGGCCGAACUUUGGCGAGCCCUUACUAGUGGUGGGAGCCCCGCAGGACGCUGGAGGUGCCAGCGUAGGAGAGGAUGAAGGACAGAGCAAGGUGAGGAUCAUCCCUGGGACGGUGUACCUCUGUGACCCCAUCAACAACUUCUCCUGUUCCACCCACCGCACCAAGUUCCAGCCCCGCUACCAUGGCGACGUCAAGAGAGACCUCACACGUCACGGGAAUGGUAGCUACAGCAUGGGCUUCGGCUCCACAGUGCUUGCUGGGUCCUCCACAGCCUCGCCACUCCUGAUGUGCGCACCGCGGGCGUCCUACUUUUUCAGGAGAGGGACCCAUCACUCCGUCAUCCCCGAGGGCCAGUGUCUGCUCCUGCCUGCGGGCGCCCACUCGCCCUUGAGGCUGCGACCCAACACAACCGAUGUCCGAUACUGUGGCUUCAGCGCCGCCUUUGGCAAGGAUGAGAGAGUGGUGUACCUCGGGUGUCCCAGCACUCUUGAUCAAAACACAGGACACGUUCUCAGGUUUGACCUGGACGACGACCUGCUCCCAGAGGAGAGGAGCUUGUCACGGGAGUGUGGAGGAGCGCCCUACGAAGCCUGGGCCAUGACUACGACCUUGAAGGGAUCCAAGGACCUGGUGGUGACGACCUCCUGCAGCAGCAGAGGACACGUGGUGGAGCUGACGACGCUGGGCAGGAGGGAGGGAGCAGGAGGCGUCGGCGAGCUGCUGGAGGAGGGAGCAGGAGGCGUCGGGGAGCUGCUGGAGGAGGGAGCAGGGGGCGUCGGGGAGCUGCUGGAGGAGGGAGCAGGAGGCGUCGGGGAGCUGCUGGAGGAGGGAGCAGGGGGCGUCGGGGAGCUGCUGGAGGAGGGAGCAGGGGGCGUCGGGGAGAUGCUGGGAGCGGCCCUGGAGGCGUGUGACCUGGACGGAGACGGGGAGGACGAGGUGGUGGUGGGGGCGCCUCUAGGCCGGGUGCCUCUCUCCUCAGGAUAUAAGGAGACCGGCAAAGUCCUUGUUAUUGUACCUAAGCAUGGCGUCACACACACUCUGGAAGGGACAGAGGACUUCGCCUGGUUCGGAAACAGCCUCGCCUGCCUUGGAGAUAUUAACAACGACGGCUACAAAGACUUGGCCGUGGGCGCCCCACAGCACUCUGGAGGAGGCGCCGUCUUCAUCUUCCUAGGGUCCAACACAGGCAUCAGGGCCACGCCAUCUCAGAUGUUACAGCCGACGCCUAAGUUCUCCUUAAGCGGAGGGUUCGGAUACAGCCUAGCCGGUGGCAGAGACGGGGAUGGCAACGGGUAUCCGGACCUCCUGGUAGGGGCGCCGCUCUCCGACGCUGCCUUCUUCUUCAGGACGGCGCCCGUGCUGCGAUUGCAUGUGUGGAGCUUCGAGUUCAGUGUGAAGCAGGUGGAUCUGCAGGAGAGGACGUGUCUGGAGCAGGGAGAGACGUGGGCACGGCGCGUCUGCUUCCACCUCCGUGUCCAGCUCCGUGUUGUGGGCGGGCCGGACCGAUUCGAGAUUGAGCUGGCCGUGAGAGUGGUACUGGACGCUGGUCAACCCAGGCAACGGGUUUUCUUCAAGGACUUCGUCACCCAGGUGGCUGAGACGACCAUCCGCCUCAAGAACAGGAUUUACCAACACGAGUACCAAGUCUAUGCGGAGGACCUGGCCUCCGAGGACGACGCCGUGGCCACCUCGGUCGCAAACGUGCAGGUGCGCCUGAUCCAGGUCCACCAGCGGGAGUCCGGCGAGCUGCUGCCAGUGGUGGAGGAUCCGGAGAAGACCGACAACACCUCCGUCAGGCUCUCCUGCGGCAACGAUACCAGCUCCUGCGUCGCCACCACCGACGUCAAGCUCAGCCUGGACAACGACACAGUUCCCUUCCUGGUGGGGAUGGAGACAGUAGAGGUGAGGGCGUCGCUGAAGGUGGAGACCAACACAGCCUUCGAGCCAACGCUGGAGAUUGGUAAAGCAGACGGUCUCCUUCUGCAGGAGUGCCGCACCGAGGACACCAACGUGACUUUUGACUGUAAGAGCAACGGGAUCUGCAGUGCUUCCCGCAGCAAGCUCAGAGCAGGUCACCAGUUCGACAUCGUGGUGGUGUGGAAGCAGGAGGUGGCUGAGCUGCUCAACAGCACCCAGACGCAUGAGGACCCCGGGAUCAGGAGCAGGCUGUCAGUGCGGGUGAUCAACCAGGAGAGUGACCCCAGCAACAACCAUGCCGUCUUCACCCUCCUGCCGCAGGUGGCCCCUGCCUUCACUCUCUAUGGGAGGAGCGAGCCGGAGACCCUGAGCUACAACACCACUGGCAUACCUGAAGAGGCGCUGCCGGGGAACCAGGGGCUCCCCCACCAGUUAAGCAACCACGAAGAUCUGGGUCUGGCAGAGCUGGGUCCGACGGAGCUGAGUUCGACGGUCAACCACACAUUCACCCUCACCAACCUCGGCCUCACGGUCCUCCUCCGCACUCGGGUCGAUAUUUAUUGGCCUGUGAGAAACCGGACGGCUGAGGCACCAUUCUCCCGCCUGAAGGGGGCGCCGACGCUGACGGUGCCGCCAGGAGCGACCUACCAGUGUCACACUCUCCUCCAGUCACCAUCAGGAACCAGCCUGGGGCCUCCUGAGGGCGACACUGACGGCCCGGUCGUCUCUUGCCAUAGCUUUGAGUGCUCCUUGUACAGGUGCGAGGUGAGCAAUGUGAGGCGCGAGGGGAAGGUCACCAUACACCUGGAAGCAGUUAUCAUCCCUGACGCUCUCAAGGGCAUGAGUGGCACUGUGAGACUGGAGUCGUGGUGUAGGGCUGAGGUGGAGUCCCCCAGCAGGAGCCUGGUGGCGGGGACACUUCUGGUGCAGACUAUGGUCCUUGGGACCCUCCUGGCCCUGCCUCAAGAGGUACCCAGCACCCCUGUUUGGGUGCUUGUUCUGGCAUCCCUCGGUGGGCUCCUGCUUCUGGCAACUCUCGUAGCUGGUCUGUACAAGGUGGGAUUCUUCAAGAGGAUUCGGCCACCCAAACAACCCUUGGAAGACCCCCAGAUCAUCAACAAGGAAUAAGCCCAGUUAAAGAUGACGACCCCAGAUUAUCAACACGGAAUAAGCCCUGUUAGAGAUGACGAUCCCCAGAUUAUCAACACGGAAUAAGCCCAGUUAGAGAUGACUUGACACGGAAUAAGAUGAUCAGAGAUGACAACACGGAAUAAGCCCUGUUUAGAGAUGACGACCCCAGAUUAUCAACAAGGAAUAAGCCCAGUUAGAGAUCACGACCCCAGAUCAUACAGAAAUGGGCCCUCUCGGAGUAUGUCAAUAUUCUUUCUUAAAAUAUUGUAAUGCAAAUAAUUGUAUAAGUUUCUUCUUUGCAAACAUAAAAAAUGUGUAAGUACUUCAUUCUUAAAGAUGUACUGCCAGAAAUCUUAGCCAAGUAUCUAAAGUUUGUUUACUGUAGGUGAAGCCUGGACAUGACUGUAAAGCUGCCGCCCAGUUGGGUGGGUGUGGAGCAAGACUAGUAACUGUGUAACUCACCAUAGAUGUAAAGUGCCUUGUAUAGUGACUGUUGUGAGCCUCUUGUUGCAUCAUUUGUGAUAUAAAAAGGUUAUUGAUAUGUAUAUGUAUUUGUGUACCUGUAUGUAGAUAUAUGUUCAUGUGUAUGUACUAUUUUCAAUUGUGUAACUAGCUUCACAAGAUUGUCACUAGCUUAGCUAAACGAAGCAUUAUGUGCUUCUGUAACCCUUUCCACCACCACGGGAUGGGUAUGGGGUGCAUAAUAAAGAAAUUCUAUUAAACGCAAACAUUAGGUAAAAAAACUUGUUUUUGAUUUACAGAACUUACAAUUUAUGAAAUUCUGAUAUUAAUAUCAGUUCCUAAAAUUUAUAUAAAGAUUUACACCUCCAUUUUGCAUUUAAAAUUCUUGAAGGACUCAGGGAAAACAGAAAAUAAUAUGGGUUAAUGAAGAAAAAUCCCUCAAAUAGCCUGAAACUUAACAUUUUAAAUAAGCUUUUUUGAUGCGAUGGCGCAUCAAGGCCAAAUGAAUUAUAUUAUUUGCAUAGUAACAAGCUUGAAUAUUUUAUCUGAGAAUAAUAGUCAGAGAGAGAGAGGUUAAAUUUCCUGAUAAGUAUAGAGAUUUUAAGCAAAAAAAAAAAAAUGUUCUAACAUUUCUAUAGUAAAAACUCAAUAUGACGUUCAUCAACCCAAAAUGUUACGUGACCUAAACCAUCGUCAUGACAUAAAUGUUAAAUGACGUAGGGGCCUAAUGGGCUGAGUGGACAGCGCUUGGGAUUCGUAGUCCUGAGGUUCCGGGUUCGAUCCCCGGUGGGGUCAGAAACAAAUGGACAGAGUUUCUUUCACCCUGAUGCGCCUGUUCACCUAGCAGUAAAUAGGUA